CUGCUGCUUCGGCCAGCAACAACCAGCGCAGUCGCCUCAAGCAGCCGCAUCAGCGAACAGCUCAGCACUCUACCUCGAUGCAACCAGGAGGAGGACGACCAUGGCCGUAUGACGGAGCGUGAUAAUAACCACGAGGAAGAGGACGACGACAAACGCCACGGAUUGUCCAGUAGCAGGACGUCCGCCUCCUCUCGGUCGUCUUUGAACCACGCGCACGACGUCAAGGACAAGAACCGAGAUUUCAUCAAGGAGUUGGAGGAGAAGAAGCGCAAGGAGAAGGAGGAACGAGCUCGACAGGAGCGACGAAAGAAGAAGCUCCACGAGAAGAUGACGCGCAAGAUCUUGCAGGACGCCGACGCUCGACAGCAAAAGCAAGCAGCUUCUUCGUCCCCGGAGGUGGAUGACCUCACCAGUGAACUACUGCGUCAAGAGGAGCCCCAGGAGGACGAAGAGGUCGAUCCUGCUGUGAUCGAGAAGCGGAAGGAGAAGGCCAAGAGACAAAAGCGUUUGCUCAAGAAGCAGCAGGCGCAUCUGGCCCGCAUCCAAGCCAAGCAGCGCGAGGAGCAGGAGCAGCUCGAGCUGGAGAGGGAGCGCGAGCAGCGCAAGCGUGAAAAGGUCACUCAGACGGUUCUCCACAAGCUCCAAGACGCCAUCAACAGGGAACAAGUCGAAGAAGAUGACGCGGAUGAAGCUCCUCUUCCGACUGUGGUGGAGGAGCAGGAGAACGCCUCGCAGGACACUGAACGCAGCUCAAACAACCAGGUUCUAGUCGACGAGCAAUUGGAGGAGGAGCACAAGCAGCGCGCGAAGGAGCAGCGAGACGCCUUCCAGCGCAAGCAGCAGAAGUAUCUGCAGAAGUUGGCCGACCAACGCAAGCAGAAGCAGAAGGAGGAGGACGAGGCGCGCGUGUUGCAGGAGAAGCGGAAGCGGAGGAUCCAGAAGGAGGCUCAGCAACGACUACAAGAAGCUGCAGCCAGACAACAAGCACUAACUGAAGCGAGGGAGAAAGAGGAGGCUGCUGCGGCCGCUGCUGCAGCCGAGAAAGCAGCAAAUGCAGGCCCACCCGUCGACGUGGAAGCUAUGAUAGCUCGACUGAGCAAACUCAAGGACCGAGACGCGCAAAUUAUCCCCGAAGCGCGAGACUUUGCGUCCUGGAAGAAGCGGCACGGCGUCGCACCGGAUCAAAAGGUCUUCUGCAUGACGGGAUGGUACCCGGUCAUCCGAGAGGAGCUGGAGAAGCGCGGGUGGUUCUACAACCAGGAGCGGGUGUCGCCGUACUUCGACUUCAAGUGGUCCCUCAAGAGCGACGAGCUGCGGGCGUUCAAGCUCGAGAAGUACCAGUACGUCAACCACUUCGCUCAGAACGCGGCCAUCACGACCAAGGUCGGGCUCAUCCACAACUUGCGCAGUGCCGUGUGGCACCAGAGCGUGGACAUCGACGCCAUGUUUCCUCGCGCGUACGAUCUGAACGACCUCAUGGACAUGGACAACUUUGUCCAGGACUUCCGCUAUGGCGUAGCCGAGGGACUUCUCAAGCAGCUAGCGAGACGAGGGCUGCAGCUCAAGCAGAAGCUGCCAGGGACAGCUUCGAUGGGCGCCAACGAGGCUCUGGUCGACGUUGUGCUGGCCAUUGCGAGGAAGAAGGUCAAGAGCAAGCGGCCGGAGAGCAACAACGUCGAGUCUGUCGGUGGUGCGCUUGAUCCACUGGAAGAAAGUGUCGACGAUCCAUUGUCGACGGGCGUGAACGAACUCGUGACCGACCUGCAGUGGGAAGUGCUAACGAACUGCUCGCUGGACAAACCGGGGCGUCUCCGCGCGUCGUUGGUGUACAAGAAGAAAGUGUACGCAGAAGAUAAAGACGUCACUGCUGGAGUUGACGGCAAAAGCCCCGACACGGUGCUGUCGGCUCGAGAGAAGCGAAUGCAGCGGCAUGCGGAGAAGCUGCAGGCCGACGCGUUCAACCGGGAGAAGGCUCGACUGAGCAACCUCAUUGCUCACGUGUCGCUAGUGCGUGAAGAAGUCUUCGAAGAGGCUAUUCGACUCGCUCGAGAGCUCGAGAAGUUGUGCGCGCAGUUUCACAUCAAUGGCGGCGCGGAGUUCUUGUUGAAUGAUGAGCACCCGGCCGCAGCCACGAGUACGAGUCAGAACGUGUGGAUCGUCAAGCCCGCAGGGAUGUCCCGAGGCCGCGGUAUCCGCGUGUUCAACGACCUGGAUCAAUUACUCGAGUACGUCGACGUGGAGAACCACAAGGAGUGUCAGUGGGUGGCGCAGAAGUACAUCGAGAACCCGCUGCUGCUCUGCAAGCGCAAGUUCGACAUCCGCCAGUGGGUCCUGGUCACGGGCUGGGACCCGCUCACGGUCUGGUUCAACGAGGACUGCUACCUGCGCUUCUCGUCCGAGGAGUACUCGAUGGACGACCUGAGCGACCAGUACGUGCACCUGACCAACAACUCGAUCCAGAAGUACAGCGACAAGUUUAACGACGUGUACGCCACGGACGACGGCGAGAUGCAGGUAGAGGGCAACAUGUGGCACUCGGACGACUUCAAGAAGUUCCUGACCUGCAAGCUGGGCCAGCCCGACGUCUGGGAGCAGCGCAUGCACCCGCGCAUGAAGGAGAUCGUGGUGCAGUCGCUGCAGUGCGUGCAGGACCAGGUGCAGCACCGCAGCAACAGCUGCGAGCUCUACGGCUACGACUUCAUGGUGAGCGAGGACCUGACGCCGUGGCUCAUCGAGGUCAACAGCUCGCCGGCUUGCGACUACAGCACGCCCAUCGCCCAGCGCUACGUAGAGUCGGGGCUCUCGGGCAUCAUCAAGGUGGUGGUGGACCACCGCGAGUACGAACAGAGAAAGCGGAGCGGCGGCGGUGGUGCGAGUGCGAUAGAUGAGCCCGACACGGGCUGCUGGCGGCGGAUCCACAAGGCCGAGUACGUCGGCAAGCCCAUGUCGUCCUACGCCGUGGACUUCCAGGUGAAGGGCGCCAAGGUGCAGCGCAGCCGACGCAGCGCCAAGCUGCACGCCUCCAAGACCAAGGCGAUGGUGGCCAGCAGCAGCACGAGCAGCGUGGCGUCCGUGCCGACGUCGACAGACUCUGAGGCGGGCGGACGGGCGAGUCCGCUCGCGGAUAGCGACGGAGACGAUGCUGAC